UUGAUAGUGAAAUAUUUGAAUAUCAUUAUUUUAUACUUUUAUCGAUCUGUAAUCUGUAGACUACAGACUAUAGUUUCGAAUUUUCUAUAUUUAAUUAGAAGAGAACAUUAUUUUGAAUAGUAAUUUAAUCAAAUAACAAUUUUGUUUGACAUUAUAUUAUUUACGUGUCAAUCCACAGAUCAUAUAUCAUGGAUAAUGAGUACAAAGUUGGAGCAUUGUGCGAAUUGAUAGCAUCAAAAGGAAAUAAAAAGAAAACUAAAAAAGAUAAAAAGGCGAAAGAGAAUAUUGAGUGUCAACUCCAAUCAGAUACAAAUUUGAAUGAUUUACCUAAAAAAGAAAAUGCAGAAAAAUCCAAGAAGAGAAAAUCCAAGAAUUCGAAUGAACAAUCAACAAAAAAAAUUAAAAAAAAUACUAAAAUUUCUUUAGUUUCUCCACAAAUUGAAACUGUUGAUAUAAAACCAGAAAAAAUCGCAGAAACCAAUGAAACAAAUCAAAUCAAUGAAGACACAAAUUCAGGAGUUAAUGAAUCAAAAAGUUUUGAAAAAACAAUUAAAAAAAAAAAAGAUAAAAAAUCGAAAGACAAUUCAACUAAGCCUAAUGAUAAAACUAAGAAAAUUGAUAAAAAAUUCUCUACAACUAACUCAUUAGAUAUAAAAUCUUCAGAGGAUUAUACUGAAAAAGAGUCGAGAACUGUGUUUGUUGGAAAUGUUCCAGUUAAUGUUAAAAUGACUGCUGUAAAAAAUUUAUUUAAACAGUUUGGAGAAGUAGAAACUACUAGAUUAAGAAGUGUAGCUGUCAAAAAUCUUGAUGUACCUAAACGUGUAUCUAUAAUGAAAGGAGAUUUUCAUCCGCAGAGAGAUACUGCUAAUGUGUAUGUACGUUUCAAAACUAUCGAACAGGCACAAAAAGCAUUGGUUUUAAACGCCACACAGUUUGAAGGACAUACAAUAAGAGUAGACAUGGCUUUAAAUACAGGUCAUAAACAAAAUAUGAAAAAAGGAAUAUUUAUUGGAAAUCUACCUUAUAGUAUUCAGGAAGAUGAAAUAUGGAACUAUUUUAAAGAUUGUGGAUCAAUAUCAGCUGUGCGUAUAGUCCGUGAUAAUGCAACAGGUGUGAGCAAAGGUUUUGGAUAUGUAGAUUUUGAAACUAAAGAAUCUGUUGAAUUAGCUAUGCAAAUCAAAGGGAAAAAGGUUCAAAAUAGAGAAAUUCGCGUUAAAAGGAUUGAAACAAAAAAAAAUACAAAUAAGGUGUUUGACAAAAAACCAUCACUAUUUAAAAGAACCAAACCUAUUGUUAAUAGAAGUAGUCAAAACUUCCAAGGAGAAAUAAUAAAACCAAAAACACAAAAAAAGAAACAAAAGCCAACAAAAACUGAUUUAAUGAGAAAGAAGAUUGCUAAAAAAUUAAAUGCUUAAUUUAAUUUGUAUUGACUAAUAAAAUUAAAAAUUUACAAAAGAAUAUUUAAUUUUAAUUAAAAAUUAUCAAUUAGUUGAA